UCCGGUGCUGUGCCGCCUCGGCCCCGGGAACAUCCAGUGGAGAGUCCGGUGUCGAUCAACCACAACCCGAGCGAGUCCGUGCGGUGCUAACGGAACUUUUAACCCCAGAAAACUACGCAGAUAGGACCGAGGACCGGACGGGAUUCCUGCUCCGGUAACCGAGUUCCCGGUUCCCCCCCCCCCGACUGUGGUCCGGUCCAGCGGACGCUCGGACCCGCUCCGCCCUGCGGGUCACCGGGAGGGGAACACCAUGGAGUGUCGCUGGAGCCUCCCUCCGGGCCGGGACACGGGGAGGUAACGCGGGCUCACAGAGCCUCGUCCCGGCAGAAACCUGUGGAGCUUCCCGCUGCCGCGGAGACGAUGAGCGGAGCCGCCGCGAGCUUCCUGCUGCUGCUGCUCAGCGGCCGCGCUGCCCUCACGGGCUGCCGGUCCCUGAACGCACCGCGGUCCCUGAACGCACCGCGGGACGCUACCGACGGGCUGAGCGCGACAGGUGUGGACAGAGGGUGGCGCCCCCUGCUGGAGAAGACCCGUCCCUUUGUACUGGUGGACGGACAGAGACGGAGCCUCACUGAAGCGUUACAGGCCGGUCACCCCGACAGGCUGCAGUGUGGACUGGAGGUGGGAGGACAACUCUUCCUGUUGGACCUGGAGAAGAACCACGACCUGCUGCCUAAACCACCCAACGUCUUCUACUACCUGCCCAACGGAACCGGCGUGUCUGUGACAGCCGACCCUGUGACUCACUGUUAUUACCACGGCAGUGUCAGGGGAUUCCCUCAGUCCAGAGUGGCUCUGAGCACCUGCUCCGGACUCAGAGGCGUCAUCGCCAUCAACUCCACGCUGAGCUUCGAGCUGACGCCCCAGGAGGACGACCACCAUAACCCCCGCCAGCAGGGGGAGGAGGAGGGGGGAGGAGGGGAGAGUGGAGAAGAUGGCAGUGAAGGAAGUGGAGGUGGAGAAGGAGGUAAAGAAGGAGUCCAUUUAUUGUUCUCCACUAGUCCUCUGGAGGGCGAUGUUGCUGGAGGCUGCGUGGUGUCACACACCGCUUUCCCCCCGAUCCACAGCUUCACUCACACACACAGGAAAAAGAGAGACAUCUUGUCAGAGACCAAAUACAUCGAGCUUGUGCUGGUGGCUGAUCACCAGGAGUUCAUGAAUUAUCAGAAGAACAACAACACCAUCAUCUACCGCAUGCUGGACGUGGCCAACCAGGUGGACUGGUUCUACCGGCCUCUGAACGUGCGAGUGGCUUUGACCGGUCUGGAGAUCUGGAGCGACCGAGACAAGAUCCAGGUGGAGAAGAGUCCUACGGACACACUCAACAACUUCCUGGAGUGGAGAACCAGAGAGCUGCUGCCACGCCUUCGCCAUGACAACGCCCAGCUCGUCAUGGGCGGGUCAUUUGACGGCACCACAGUGGGGAUGGCGUCCCAGUCGUCCAUGUGCUCCAGAGACAGGUCCGGUGGAGUUAACGUGGAUCACCUGGUCAGCGUGUUGGGCGUGGCCUCCACUGUGGCGCAUGAGCUUGGUCACAAUUUGGGGAUGAGCCACGACACGGCCGAGCGCCGCUGCUCCUGCCAGAACGAGCCGCGUCUGGGAGGAUGCAUCAUGGAGCCGUCGACCGGGUUCAUGCCAGGUCAGCAGUUCAGCAGCUGCAGCGCCGCGGACCUGUCGGUCAGUCUGCUGCACGGCGGCGGGAUGUGUCUCUUCAACGUCCCGCAGCCCGACCUCCUGCUGGGAGGACCCCGCUGUGGAAACCUGUACCUGGAGCGAGGGGAGGGCUGUGACUGUGGCCUGCUGGAGGAGUGUGAUGACCCGUGCUGUGACGCCUCCACGUGUCAGCUGCUUCCUGGAGCUCAGUGUUCUUCUGAUGGAAUCUGUUGUCACGACUGUAAACUGCGAGCAUCGGGCUCGGUGUGCCGCGAGCCGAUUGGAGAAUGUGACCUCCCUGAGUUCUGCACCGGCUCCUCCCCCCACUGUCCACCCAAUGUCUUCCUGCAGAACGGAGAGCUCUGUGAGGACGGCGCCUCCUACUGCUACGGAGGAGUUUGCGCCAGCAUGAACACCCAGUGUCAGACGCUGUGGGGACCCAACGCCACCAGUGCUCCGGCCGUCUGCUUCUCAUCUGUCAAUAAACAAGGAAACAAACAUGGGAACUGUGGUCAGCUGAACAACAGAUCCUACGUCCCCUGUGGAAACUCUGACGUUCACUGCGGACGGAUUCAGUGUCAGGGCGGGAGAGAGCGACCCCUGCUGGGCACCAACGCAGAGAUCCUCACCACCACUGUCCGCUUCAAUGUCAGCGACCUCAUCUGCAGAGGAACCUUCUUCCACCUCGGAGAUGACGUGUCCGACCCUGCCACUGUGGCCCAGGGCACCGCCUGCGGACCCGCAAAGGCCUGUUUGAACCAGAAGUGUGAGGACGUGUCUGUGUUCGGCGUUGACGACUGUCGCAGGAAAUGUUACGGCCAUGGGGUGUGUAACAGUAAUGGUAACUGUCACUGUGAUGUGGGCUGGGCUCCACCUGACUGCAGGCACGCCGGUCAUGGCGGCAGCGUGGACAGCGGCCCGGCCUCAGCUGCAGCAGAGUCAGACCCGGUCAGAGUCGCCCUGCUCGUUGUCUUCCUCUUCAUCCUGCCAGUGCUCCUCCUCUUCCUCGCUCUCCGCCUCCCUCGUGUGCGUCGGAGUCUUCUCUGUGUCGGACCGAACAGCCCGUUUCGCAAAGCUCGACAACACAACCGAACUCAGACGAUGGAGCGAGUGGACGACGGCGAUCAGGUCCAACCGCCGAGAUACCACCUGACCCCACAGGCUGACAUCCCCAUGACGCCGCCCCACAAAGAGGUUCAUGACAGACCUGCUCCUCCCACUAAGCCACUCCCCCCUGACCCCACCCUAAACUCCCUGCCGCAGGUUCCUCUUCCAAUCAAACCUAUCGUGCCAAACAAGCCCCGCCCCCUGGCGCCACCAUCCCAUCCCCACCUUCCCCCUCUCCCACCUCAACCCGCUGCCUGCACCUCCAACACCAAAAUCCCACCGCACAGCACCGUCGCACCUACAGGGGUUUCCAAAAGACGACCUCCUGCUCCUCCCACUCGACCCACCAACCCUCAGAAGCUGCUUUGAGCUCGAUGGUUGCCCCCCCCCCGGACCUGAGGAGGACAAAGACAAUGAUGAUGAAGACUUUACAUCAUCAUUACUGGGUUUCUCAUUUAAAUCCUUCAUGAACUCACAGAAACUGUCUGUACAUGUUAGUGCCUUGCUCAACAGCACCUCAGCAGUGGACACUUAGGAAUCAAUCCUGCGACCUUUGACCCCACUGGGUGUGUCAGAAGUCAGCGUCCCCUGGAGGCUCAGGGGGUCAAUUGCCUUGCUUGAGGACCCAGGAAUCAAACCUGUGAGUAAAGUCUGAUUUACAGAGUAGUUACCAAACUGUGGGGCAGCGCCCUCUGCAGGUUCCUGUGAAAAAUGUCUUUAGUUAAAUAACAAAAAGUUGAGGAUUUUAUUUUAUUAUCAAUUUUAGACUUUUUCAUAGCAUCUAACAACCUGAUAAUAUGUCAGCACUGUCUUUUUGGAAUGUUUUACCUUGUUGAUAAAAUAUUUCUUUAGUUUUA